GUCAUUUUAGGUGGCCAUCAAGAAAAUACAGCUUCAAGGACUGAGGAAGAACAAACUAAAAGUCAAUGAACUCAUGGUCAUGAAGGUGAACAGGAAUCCCAACCUCGUCAACUGUGUAGACAGCUACCUUGUGGGUGAGGAAUUGUUCCUGGUUAUGGAGUACAUGGAUGGAGGCACUCUGAGCAGUGUCAUCAGCCAGACCUACCUGUCGGAAGAUGAGAUGGCGACCAUCAGUCGGGAGUGCCUUCAAGGACUGGAUUUUCUUCAUUCAAACCAUGUUAUCCACCAAGAUGUGAAGAGCAGCAACAUCCUUCUCAGAACCGACGGCUCUGUCAAGCUGGCUGACUUUGGCCUCUUUGCUCAGCUCAGCCCUGAGCAGGGCAGACGGAGCUCCGUGGCCGGCGCUGCUGGGUGGCUGGCGCCUGAAGUGGUGACAGGUCAACCAUGUGGCCCCAAAGUGGACAUAUGGUCUUUGGGAAUCGUGGGCAUCGAAAUGGUGGAACGAGAAGUUCCUUCCUGGAAUGCAACGCCUGUCUUGCCUCAACUCCUGAUAGCCACAGGAGGAAGACAAAAGCUGCAGCAGCCCAACCUAUUUUCAUCUUGCCUGCGUGACUUCCUGAGCUGCUGCCUGCAGAGAGACGAGGCGCGGCGCUGGUCUGCCAAGGAGCUCCUGCAGCAUCCAUUUGUAACAUCAGCCGAGGCUGCAUCCACCCUGGCACCGCUCAUCAUCUCAGUGAAGAGGAAGAUGGAGAAGCAAACAGUGCUAUAAACAUAUCAGGACCAUUUUCUCCGUAGCCAUCUUAGAGCAGGAUUGUAGAGUAGGAUUGUAGAGUGGGAUUUAGAGUAGGAUUAUGUGGAGAAAAGACAAAAGACUCUGCACAAUCCCAUGUGAAUCAAGGAGAAGCCAUUUAUUGUGCUUCUAAACACAGUUUAUAAUUACUUCCUAUCCUAUACGUUUCUAUAGUCACGCAUUGUU